CGUGUUUUCAUUGGUCGGAUUAGUCAUUUGCAUGGAGAGUUGAGGGACGAAAACUCGUUUCUUCCUUUUGCUACUCAUACUGCGUGGGUCGUUUAAACUGAGAAUUAUUUUUAAACGAUGCGUUAGCUUGACGCACAUUUUAGCGACUGAAUGAUGCGGAUGCACUCCGUGUAACAACGUGGUUGCACAUCGUUCAAACAUCUCGUUGACUGGGAUUGUGCUCCGUUAGCCUAGCAGCCGGCUAAACUGCCAUUCAGUGUGGUAAUUCGGUUGUUGUGCUAAUCAGAAGUUGACAGCACCGGACUCAAAGAGCAUGGCCUUCCCUCCCUGCAAACGCCUCCGAGGCUUGAACCAGGAUGUCCCAAAGGCGGAUCCUGUCGAAGUCGACCCCUUUGGGGACGAUGAUGACUUCACUCAGGAUGACCUGGACGAGAUCGACAUCAUUGCCUCGCAGGCUAUAGGCUUGGCGACCGCGCCGGUUUUCGGGUCCAAAGAGGCAAGUAAAGCUGUAUUCGAACAAGCGCACGGGUCAGGAUUUCAACCCUCCACCAGAGAGAACAAGGGCGGUCUUGGUGGCAAGAGAGGACAUUUGGGGGCACCCGACAAAGAGCCAACAGGAGGGCGUUCAGGCAACAGGCCUUGGCAGAUUGGUGCCCACCAAGAGGACUCCUACAUCCUGCUGGAGGCUCAGCAUGCAGAUCUCCGGAGGAAGCUGAAGGAGGUGGAGGAGGAGAUUGUGUCGAAAAACGGUGAGAUCCGGGUCCUCAGGGAUUCCCUGAGAGGAGCCCAGAAGGAGAAGGAAACCCAGAGGCAAGCCCUGGCCCUGCUGGAGAGGCAGAAGCAGAGGGAGCAGAGCGACAAGGAGAAGGAGCUUAACAAGAAGGUUCAGUCGCUGCAGUCGGAGCUGCAGUUCAAAGAAGCCGAGAUCAACGAGAUGAAGAGCAAACUGCUGAGCGCCGACAGGAGCAAGCCGGCGUCGCCGCUGCCGCGAAACAGCUCCAAAGUACCCAAUGGGCUUUCCCUUCAGCGCGGUAGUAGCGGCUCCUCCUCGGCGGCAGGAAGCGGCUUCAUCACCAAGGAGACGUUCGCUUCGCCGCUCAAAACUCCCGGCAAGACGCACAGGGACGGUGUUGACAAGCAGGAAGUAGCCUGGCCCGAUCCGUUCCAGUGCAGCCGGCCGCCACACCAGCUGCACCGAGGUGGCGUCCUGUUGGGCUUGUUGCUGCAGCAGCCGCUCUCUCCCAGCAGUCUUUGCCUCUCGCACCUGCUGUCCAUCAGCCCGAGUGACGUCUGCUUGACGGCCAAGCCCAACUCGGCCGCUGCUAAGAGGCACUUGAGGCCAGCCGGUGCGGGCAGGAAUCAAAGCAGAGCCCCCCAAGCGCCCCUCAGUCCGAUCCAGAGUUUGGCCAUAACGGGACUCAACAUGCUGAGUCAAAGUCAACCUGCGGCAGCCGACGCUGAGCACCAACACGGGUGUCCUGGGGCUGUGCUUCUGCUCCCGCUGUUGGACAUGCACUUAUCCCACCUCUGCCAGGCCCUGGACGCACGGGGCGAGGCCUCCGGCUCUGCGCCGGAACGCCGCACCGCCACCACGGCACCGGGGAGGCCGGAGGAGGUGGACGCCGUUAGUCUGGAAGACGCGGGGCUGGCAGCGCUGAGGAUCCUCUACAUGCUAAUAAACCACAGCGACGAGGUAGUCCAGGCAGUUCUUUCAACACAAAGCGAAGGUGGCACAGAAAACCAAGUAUUGGGACACCGAAAGGGCAAAACCGACGUCGCCAUCGCAAUGGAGGCUCUCCGCUCCCACUGUGCCUUGCUGCAGUUUGUGUUGCGCCUCUGCCACGCCAGUAGAGGUGAAGGAAGGCUGGAGGAGAUGGUGGUCGGCGCCGUGAAGGUCGCCAGCAUCUUGAUUGAGAGGACACCAAACGCGCAUGCUGACCGGUUGCAAUGUGUGCUGAAGGCGCUGCAUGCGUGCGCGUUGGCCCACCGCAAGCCUCGCGUGCUCGCCGAGUGCACCGCCGCCAUGGUGCGCGCAUGUGACCACGCCUCGCUGACUCGCCAACUCUGUUCCCAUCACGAACCCUGCGUCAUCCUGAGGCUGCUGCAGCACGUGCGAAAAAGACCCGUCAAGAAGGCGUCGCACGGCGAGCUCAUCCGGCUGGAACUGCAGGUGGUGCGUUUGUUGAACCGUCUCUCUCAGACAGCAGAGAGCUGGCAGAGCAGCAGCUGCCAGUGCGACAUUGAGGUGGUUCAGACGUCGGUGAUCAUUCUCCAUCGUCAGUGGUUGGACCUUUACAACUCUCCGGAGCCGACGGACAGGUCACCCGGCGUCGGCCCCUCGCGGGCACAGAGUGACUGGUGGCGCGAACCGCCGGCAUCGCUGCUGCGCGAGUGCGUCCUUCUCCUUCACCGGCUGCUCCACCAUCACGCCGGAUUCUCGGCCAGUUGCAGGCCGCUGCUGCACAUGUAUGACCAGGCCAUCUCGGCCCUGCGCGACAUCUUCAGGAAGAUCCCCGACCUCAGCGAGAGCGAAGAGCUGGCCUUUGAGGAAAUCUGCCGUCAAGAAUCCGACGACACCGACGACAUGGACACUGAGUCCGGCUCCUGAUCGGUUCAUCGCCUUGAUCGAUACUUGAUGUGCAAUAAAGUCCAAGUUGAGCCAGAAAGAUGGAGGAACCAGACUCUAAAAUCCAUUUAGCAAUAAACAGGAUUCUCAAUAUG